GCCCGAAGACAAACUAAAAUCAAGAGAAGACUUCGUUAUUUUCCAGAGAGAAAAAAGCUCGGAUCUUCGAGAAGCAUCAAUGGCGGCCGUCGAAUUUCUGCCGAAAGAGUAUGGAUAUGUGGUCCUUGCCCUCGUCUUCUACUGUUUCCUCAAUUUCUGGAUGGCUGCUCAAGUCGGCAGAGCCCGCAGGAGGUACAAUGUACCUUAUCCAACACUCUAUGCCAUAGAAUCCGAAAACAAAGAUGCAAAACGCUUCAAUUGUGUUCAGCGAGGCCAUCAAAACUCGCUGGAAAUGAUGCCGAUGUUCUUCAUACUCAUGAUACUCGGUGGAAUGAAGCACCCAUGCAUCUCCGCCGGGCUCGGCUUGCUUUACAGCGUUACCCGCUUCUUCUACUUCAGAGGCUACUCUACUGGAGAUCCUCAGAAACGUCUCACUAUCGGGAAAUAUGGAUUCUUGGCCGUGUUUGGUCUGAUGUUCUGCACCAUCUCGUUUGGCAUCAGCUUGAUCCGCGGCUGAGCUCUCGAGUGGAUUUCGCUUGUUAUUUUCAUUUCAUUCCUGGACAAAAAUGGAAUAAUGGGUGGUUUAUGUUACAAGACGGUCAUAAGCAUAAUGGUUGGUAGAAAGCGUUGGUGCAUUUCGUGUGCGUUUUCUUCAAUACGUUUCAUGUUAGUGAAUCGAGUCUAGGAAGUGUUAAGAAAAACAAAUACAGUUCUCGCAUCGGCUGUAGCUUAAUUAAGAGUUUCCAGAGUCUGA